UGAGGACAUGAGUUAGCAAAAGAGCAAAAGUUGAAAAGUCAAAGAGAGUGGGAGAGACAAAAGAGGAGGAGGAGAAAUAAGAGAGGAGGAAGAGGAGGAGGAGAGGAAGAGAGGAGGAGGGAGAGGUGUCCUAUGGAAAGCAGUGCCCUGUCUCCAGGAAUCCUGGAGUGGGAAUCCUCAUAAUACUGGAGUGGGAAUCCUCAUCAUCCUGGAGUGGGAAUACUGGAGUGGGAAUCCUCAUAAUCCUGGAGUGGGAAUCCUCAUAAUCCUGGAUUGGGAAUCCUCAUAAUCCUGGAGUGGAAUCCUCAUAAUCCUGGAGUGGGAAUACUGGAGUGGAUACUUGCUUGUGAGGGAAUACUACCCAAACUAAGAAUAUUUUCUUUUGAGGGAAUACUACACAAAAAGACUUGUGAGGAAUACUAGCCUAGCAUGCUAGCAUGGUGGAACAGAAGGAGGAAUACUAGCCUAGCAUGCUAGCAUGGUGGAACAGAAGGAGGAAUACUAGCCUAGCAUGCUAGCAUGGUGAAACAGAAGGAGGAAUACUAGCCUAGCAUGCUAGCAUGGUGAAACAGAAGGAGGAAUACUAGCCUAGCAUGCUAGUAUGGUGGAACAGAAGGAUCCCACCUGACAGGAGAGAGGAGUGACUACUGAAGGCAUGAAGCAGGAUGAAAUCAAUGGGAAUGAGAGAGGUGAUCGUCUCGUUAAGGUGAACGGUGAGAGUGUGUUGGGGAAGACCUAUGCACAGGUGAUUUCACUCAUCCAAAACAGUGGGAGUGUGUUGGCACUCUCAAUUAUGCCAAAACAUGAGGAUGUGCUACAGCUGGCGUACUCUCAGGAUGCUCUUUCCUACUCCAGAGGAACUGUUUUGUACUCUGGAGGAGCUCAGCAUAUCCCAGCCCCGCCUGCACCUUAUAACCACGCCCAUGAACCUGCCCACAUGGGUCAGAAGCAGCAAGAUGGGUGGGGGCUGACGCACACACACACCCACUCGCUUCACACACACACCAACACGCCUCACACACACACCAACACGCCUCACACACACACCAACCGGCCUGACACACUUUCGCUCACACCUCACACACACUCUCAGGAGAGGAGGGGCCGCUGGCUAAGCCCCGCCUCCCCACCGGAUAACUGGACAGACGGGGAGGGGCCCAGAGGACGCUCUUUCUCCUUUGGGGGCCACGCCCACCAUCACCACGGCAACCAUCUGUCGCCCGCAUCGCCCAGUCGCAGUUCUCAUACAGCUCAAGCACUGAGUGACUGGUACUACACACACUCACAAACACACACACACUCAUGCUUGCCUUACACACGCACACACUCCCAGUCAUCCUACCUGCCCCCCCGCACCCCCCCAGCACCCAGACGCCCCCCCCCUCACCGGCGCAGCGCCUCUCAGGACAGGCUGGGGGAGGGCAGGGGGAGGGGCUACAGUAGCUCCCAGGAGGCUGAUUGGUUGCUGCAUUCAGUAAGCCCCGCCCACUGGAGGCAGCAGGGGGUGUGGCCUGUCCGCUCACGCUCAGAGUCCCUCCUGGUUGCACGCCCCGCCCCUUCACUGGAGCCUCUCUCAUUGGACAGACCAGACAGACAGGCUCCGCCCAGGAGUCUUGUUAGUCCCGCCCACAGACGAACAACACAACAAUCUCACACACCACAACACACACCACAUCACACACACCAACACGCACAACAACACACACCUCAACAUUCUGGACACCCCCCCCAACACAUGCCCCAUCACUACGAAAAGACACCUGGGCACUCCUAUGUGCAAAGAACCCAACACACACCCCAACACGCACCCCAACACGCACCCCAACACGCACCCCAACACACACCCCAACACGCACCCCAACACACACCCCAACACGUACCCCAGCAUGCACAUGGUCAAAGACCUCCUAAAGUUCCAGCAGAUAGCUGUGAACACACUCCUCCGUACUCAGCCCAACACACAGUGGAGUGUUCCCCCUCACACACUCCGCAACACACACACCACUCCCCUCUAAUGCAGUGCACUCCGCAACACACGGCAGAAACACUCCCCCAGCCGACUCCUGACCACACACCCCGACCCCGAAGGCCCGCCCCCCAGGUGCGGCGUUGCUCUGAGGGGGAGGAGUGUGAGGGUUACCGUAGCUACAGUCCCUCCUUCUACCACAAGACUGGGCGGAUCCUGCAGCACACCCACUCAUUCCGAGACUCCCCCCACUUUGACGCUCUCGCGUGGAGCUCCUCCCACACAGAAGACCCUGAAACCGUCGACCAAUCAGACACUGUGCCCAGUGAGGGACGGAUCCACCUGCUGACCAACCAGAUGCAGGCAGUUGAGAAGGAGGCGGAGCAACAACAGGAAGUGGAGCUGAGACAGAAAGAGGCGGAGCAACAACAGGAAGUGGUGCUAAGACAGAAAGAGGCGGAGCAACAACAGGAAGUGGUGCUAAGACAGAAGCCCCUUGGUGGACGUAAAGCGCUCCAUUCCUUGCACCUCCCCCCCAACUACAUGCUGGACUCUCUCAGCCUAUCAGAUCCUGCCAACAGCCUUGGACCCCUCCCCAGCACUGAGCAUGCCCAGAACACUGGCCCCGCCCUCCAACCAGCUGGCCACGCCCAUUCCAACAGCAGUGACUCCACCCCCCAACAGCGGAACGCUGGGACUCAACAGGAUGACAGCCUGGCAACCAUUCCAUUCAUUGAUGAACCCACAAGUCCCUCCGUUGAUCUUCGGGCCCGGCUAGUCUCCGCCUCCUCUGUAGUGUCCAGUGGGGGUGUUGACUCCACCCCUGUGUCUAGCCACACCCACACAGAGUCCAGAAACCCCGCCCCCACCCCUUCCCUUCUGUCCCACAAGCUCCACCUCUCCCACCACUACAGUGUGAAGUCCAGUCGCCGCUCGUCUUAUAUGUUGGCUGUCACGGCACCACGCUCCAAGUCAUGCGACGAUGGUCUGAACAUGUUUAGUGAUGAGAGACGGCCAAAGAGGGCAAAGAGCUUUUUCAGAGAUGGGACUGUAGGUGAUGUGGGCUCCAAGCGGCACUCGGCUUCAGAACUGGACAGCAGCUACAGCGCCACCUGGAGGGAGGGAUGGAUCAACUACAAACACAUCCAAUCAGAGAAGGGCAGAAAGGUGGGCAGUGCGAUUAGGCCGUGGAGGCGGGUCUAUGCUGUUCUGCGCUCCCAUUCGCUGUUUCUCUACAAGGACAAACGAGAGGCGGUGCUAGGGACUGGGACUGAGGAUGACCAGCCAAUCAACAUUGCAGGGUGCUUGAUUGACAUCGCCUACAGCGAAACGCGACGCAAGAACGUGCUGCAACUGAGCACUCAGGACUACAGUGAGCACCUCCUCCAGGCCGAGGACCGCGAGCAGAUGCUCAGCUGGGUUGCCAGUAUCCGUGACAACAGCUGGACAGACAACCAGGAGCUCUGUUUGUCAAAACAAGCGCUGAUCAAUAAAAAACUCAAUGACUACAAAAAGCAGGGUAUCACAGGGAACAGACCGGACUCAUCUCCCAGAAUCCCCCGGAUUCUUCUACCAAAGACUGACUCCACUGCAGCCCCACUCUCCCCAAAACUAGAUGCCAAAGAUGAGAGCCCCCCUAAGUCUCCGUGGGGGAUCAAUCUGAUGAAGAGGGGUCGGAGGGGGGCGGGGCCUAAAACGUUUGGGAGGACUUAGGCUGUCUCCAACAAAGCCGUCUCCAACAAGUGUGUUCCCCUCAUAGUGGAGGUGUGCUGUGGUAUAGUGGAGGAGAAAGGUCUGGACUCGGUUGGGAUCUACAGGGUGCCUGGAAACAACGCUGCCGUCUGCCAUCUCCAGGAGGUGCUAAACAAAGGAGCAGACAUCAACACCACAGACGAGAAGUGGCAGGAUCUGAACGUAGUCAGCAGCCUCCUCAAGUCUUUCUUUCGGAAGCUUCAAGAACCACUCUUCACAGACGACAAAUAUCAGGACUUCAUCGAAGCAAACCGCUUGGACAACGCCAGCCACCGUCUCAAAACCCUGAGGACUCUGAUCUGUGAUCUUCCGGAUCACCAUUUCUACACUCUCAAGUUCCUGCUGGGACACCUGAAGACAGUAGCAGCACAUGCAGACAAAAACAAGAUGGAGGCCCGUAACCUAGCCCUUGUGUUCGGUCCCACAUUGGUGCGCACGUCGGAGGACAGCAUGACGGACAUGGUGACCCACAUGCCUGACCGCUACAAGAUCGUGGAGACCCUCCUCCAGCACCAAGAAUGGUUCUUCAGUGAGGAGCCAGAGAAAGAGGAGAAAACACCUGUGGACUCCGAGGACAUCCAAGCAGCCCCCAACAUCGACCACCUGCUCUCCAACAUCGGCCGCACAGCAAACCUGGGAGACACUUCAGACUCAACAGCCAGUGACUCGGCAAAGUCUAAGGGUUCAUGGGGCGCCCCUGAGGUCUUGAUGCUGUCCAUCAUGUCUGCUGUCACAAAAAAGCGUCGUCAGCGACAACAAGCCCCACACUUCAGCACUGAUGACGAGUCAGGGCUUGAGCCAAUCACAGCAAGUGUGACGGGGGAGGACUCCGCCCCUAAAGCUGAGGGGGAGGAGGAUGAGGAUGAUGAGGACGAUGUUGAAGAGAAUGAUGAAGAAGUUCAUGUGGCAGUGGAGAAAGGAUCUCCCAGCAUUCCUCACGACAUCCAGAAGGAGUCGUUUCCCAUGGGAGGCGGGGGUGGGGGCGGGGACAAGAGCUCGGUGGUGUCGGGUUACUCAUCUCAGGGGCGGAGCCUGGUGGAGGAGGCGGACGAUGAGAGCAGUGAGUGGGUCAGCGAGACUGAGACAGAAAGCGGCUUUACCUCACACUCCACACACAUACACUCCGCACACACACACUCCACACACACACACUCCGCACACACACACUCCGCACACACACACAUUCUCUGCCCCCUGACACUUUUUUGUCAUGCGCGCCAGAGCUCCACUCUCCUCGCACCCGCCAGCGUGGUGUAG